AUGACUGUCAAGUCCCCAGUGGAUGCUCUAGCUACAGUCAGGACUCGGCAUGAUCGUAUCGACCUCGUCCUUACCGACCUCCACAUGCCUGAAAUGAACGGCAUAGAACUGCAAAGACAAAUCGAGGAAGAAUUUAAACAUUUGCCUGUCAUUAUAAUGUCCUCAGAUGACAGAGAGAGUGUCAUACUGGAGAGCUUAGCCAGUGGAGCUGUGUUUUACAUAGUGAAACCAAUCAACCCAGAUGAUCUGAAAAAUGUGUGGCAAUAUGCCAUUACAUCUAAGAAAGGUAAAUCUCUGUACAUUGAGGACAUUGGAAGCAUCCAAUUCGGAGGAUCCUUAGCUCAUGAGGAUAUUAGUUCAGCAUCAUCUGUCAACGAAGAAAGGCAUGUAAAAAAGAAAGAUCACAAGAGAAAGGCUAUCAAAAAGGGUAAGGACUACAUGGAAGGAGAAAACUCCGUUGCUCCAAAGAAGGCCAAGGUGGUUUGGACAAAUUCUCUUCACAAUCGUUUUUUGCAAGCCAUAAAGCUUAUAAGCCUAGAAAAGGCUGUCCCCAAGAAAAUUCUUGAGUGCAUGAAUGUGCCAGGCUUAACUAGAGAAAAUGUCGCUAGCCAUUUGCAGAAGUACCGACUCUUCCUGAAACGAGUUGCAGAGAAAGGCAUUAUUGUUACAACUAAGAACUUCUCCAGUAGGAACGUUAUGUCCAGUACUUUUGCAAAAUCAGGGCAAUCCUCGUUGCAGCUUAAACAUGCUCAACAAGACAAUAAACAAUUCCAAGGAAGGCAGCCAACCAGAACUUCAUUUCAACUAGCAGGUUAUGGAGGCAGUACCUCAGCUCUUAAUGGUGGCAACAUUGGUUCAAGGCAAGGUUAUGUGUCUCAACUCGGUUUGCAGCUGGGAAAUGAAGCUAAUCUUUAUCAACCAAAUUUUGGAACCACAAAUCCUCUCGGUCAGGCAAAUCUCCCCACUUUUGGAAUGGGAUCAAAUGACUUUGGAAACAAUUUGUUUUCCCUUGGAGGCAUGCCCGGUGGUCUUCUGAAUGGCACCAAUCCAAUGCAAAUGUAUCCUCAACAGUCUCAGGCAAGGCCAGAUAUGAAUUUUGGAACUCCAGGAAUUAUCAACCUUCCUCCAAAUUAUGCUGGGAUGUCAAUAACUGAUGAUAUGGAGCUCUCUCCAAUUGGCCAAAUGGCACUCGAUGGUAAUUUUCUGAAUGCUGGUUGUGGCUUGAUCAAUCCGGCUCACAAUGACAAUAUGAAUAUUGGCCCAGCGGGAAGUGCUACAUUUGGUUAUUUCCCUCCUGGAGAGUCUUCUUCUACAGAGUUUGAUCGUGCAAAUUACCCAUUCCAACCAGCAUUUGCCAGUGUUAAUCAACAAGAAAGCACUCCAAUCCUGCCACCACUGCAACAAUAUGGUCUCGGCCGCAACAAUGGACAAAAUAAUUUUACUUCUGAUUUGAUGAAUAAUGCUUCUGUGUUUGGUAAUCCACAGCAACUCAGGGAAGGCAACAUUUCUGACAUUCUGUCUGGGACAACAAACUGUCUAUUUCCGUAUCAGCAACAAGGGAGUGAAGGUGGCCCGAACCCUAACUUUCCUACCAGGUCAAAUUUUGCUGAAAUGAAUCCUCCAGGCAAUUUAUCCUUGAACCUGGACUUUUCUAGCGCAUUUGGUGUUGAAGAAAAUGAUCCUCGCCUUAAUAAUGAACCAACUCUUGAUCAGCUUCAGGAGAUUGAAGAAGCUAUGAACCCAGACUUGGAGAAUGGGAACAAUCCAAUGGAUGACUACUUCCCAAUGUUUAAUGAAAACCUUGACCAGCAACAAGGAAACGAAGGCCAGGUCAACUCUGAGCUAAAUUACCUGUUAAUGGACACUGCCCUUUCAGGAAAUCAGGAAUGGGACGAGUUCUUGAACUCUUUGUUUAAAGAUCACCCAUUCUGA